GCUCGUUCUCUUCGCUUCUUAUAGCUCAUUCAUAUAACUAAAUAUUUUUCUUUUCAAAACCGUCCACUUUCUGCUUUUAUUUUGAAAUCAUCGCCCAUCGUUCAGUGGGCUUGACUCCUCGGCACCAGUUGAAGAGACCCGCCUCUGGAUCAGCCUGUCAGAGCCGUAGUGCCCCGACAGACAAGAGAUUGUCUGCUUUUCUGUUGAUGCCGCCAGGUUUUUGGAAAUGUUCACAUUCCACUGGCAAGAAAUCUCAGUUUGCCCAAGAGGGAAAUGACUUUACUUUUAAUUACACUGAGCUACAGGAGCCUGUAGGAAACGUUCAAAAGUAAAUGAUGAAACAUUUACAGACCAAAUCUGGACCUUUUGGAUUUCUGUUGUAAAUCUGAAGAAAGAUCCACAAAUAACACUUAUGUUUAUUUAACUAAAGAAGUGGGAAACAGUUACAUUCUCGGUUUUUACACAAGCUGCCGAUCCUGACUGAGGAGACAAACAGGCAGCCUCAUUGUGAUAUCGCCGUAUAUCUCCACAAAGAUGUCAGAGGCGUUGGUCUCGUUCACGGGCUUUAUUUUCUAACUCCAGUUAACAUACACAGAACAGCCGGGGGCCACACUUGCUCUGCCCCCGGUAUAUCCAGUCUAAGAGAGCCCUCUAGCGACUGCAACCCGUCAUAACAUGUACCCAACACACACUAUAACACUCAUAAUCACACAUUAACUUAAUUAUACUCGUAGUAAUACUUUGAGAAAAGUAACGCAAUGUGGCAACUACAUUCCUUUGCAACACUGAUGUUUGGUGCCGUCUUGCUGCACAACUCCAGAAAAUAAACCAUCCUGCUUCCAACCAGAUUUUACACUGCAACAUGCAUAUUGCAGCCUAAACAUCUUUUCACUGAGGGCAUCACUGGUCUGCAGUCCCGCUACAGUGUGGUGAUCUCACUAUAUAAAACUCAUGCCAAUCAUUCAUUUGCAAUGAUGGGAAUCUGCCUGGCUGACAACCCCCAAUGGCACCCGAACCACAGUGCGCAUGAGCAAUCACUUUACGCACGUCUAUUCUUGUGCCACAUGAAAAAAAAGUUGUGGCUAUAGCUGUAGACCUGCACUGAGAAACCUGAGACAGUAUCCUCCGCAGGGCCCUAUGCCGGAAUUCCCAAAGACCCCUAAACACUUCAGCAGACUACCACGCAGACACCGGAGUUUCCACCAGAAGACAGAAGAAGCAGUAUGAGGGAUACCGUUUUAUCAUGGUUACAUUUUGUGUAAAAGAGGGCGCGUUGUUGACAUUGCUUUGUUUGAUCCUUGUUUUUAUGACAGAGGCACAAUAUGAAAACUACAGUUUCAUACAUUUUCCUCAAGAGGAGCUCAUGCCUCUCACUACUGCGUAUGGACUGGCUUUGGACAAUUAUGCAGCAGAGAACUGGACUGAAUCGAUCAAAUAUUUGGAAUUAAGUUUGCGUUUGUACAGACUUCUUAAAGACAGUGUGAGAUAUUGUACGCGGCAUUGUAAAAUAACCAAACAGGAUGAACCACCCUGUGCAGGAAGCCAGGGUCUCUGUGUCAGUUGGCAUGUUAUGAAGAGAGCUUUGUGUCAGACGAAGUGCAGAGCGCAUUUCCCCGCGCUGCAGCUCCCUCUCCCCGGCAGAAACAUCCAGGAGGAUUUCGAUAGAAGAUCUCCAUACAGAUAUCUGCACUUUGCUUAUUUCCGGGUGAGACAUACUAUGUUUGAAAUCCAAGACAUUACAGCCAUACCAAUCCUGAAAGAUGGUCAACUUUAUUCAUGACAAAUUAGAUGCACAAUCUUGUCCCAGAAGUCCCUGAGAGGGGAUUCAAGGAUUACCAACAAACUGGGAAUCAUAAAAUCAAUAGGGGUUUCUCUAGGUCCUUCAUACAUAAAUCUAUCAAAGGCAAAAGCUCCAAAACAACAGUAAACAAAGAAAAUUAACAAAUAAUGAGAAAUUUUGUAACGUACCUCCUGUCUUCACCAGUUCAAUUCAAGUUGAAAGACAAGAAACAAAAACCUGAUAGUGAGAUCAUUCACUUUGUACAGCUAGGUGACCUGCAGAGGGCUGUCCCAUGUGCCUACACCUUCCUCCAGAGGAACCCUGAGGACCAGGACAUGCUCCAGCUCAUGGAGCAAUACAAGAAACAGUACGACUUGAGCGGUUACCUCAUCGACCAGGAAGAACGACCGUAUGAGGCCUCCUUUCUGAGAGGAGUGACCCUCAUCAGUUCAGGCGACUACAGCAGCAGUGUUAAACACCUGGAGGAAGCUCUGAGGCUCUACCUUCAUGAGUAUGAGCUGUGUCAGGUGGACUGUGAAGGGCUCAGUCAACUCGUAUCAGACAGGGACUUCUAUGCAGUCAUAGCAGACGCCUAUGUCAACAUACUAAGGUGCAAGCUCAAGUGUGAAGAGAACCUGAUGCCUAAUGUUGGAGGCUAUUUUGUGGAGAAAUUUGUGGCCACUAUUUACCACCACCUCCAGUAUGCUUAUUACAAGUUGAAUGACGGCUGCAGCGCGGUACCCUGUGCAUACAGUUACUUCCUGCUUGAACCCGAAGACCAGGUUAUGAAGCAGAACCUGUUGUAUUAUAAGGCCUACGGCGAACAGUGGGGCAUUCAUUCUGACCACUUCACACCAAGAAUGGAGGCUCUUCAACACCACAACCAGACUGUCACUCAAAAGCAGAUGCUGAAAUUUGCAGAGAAGUACUUGCAAUUGGGUGAUGAGGAUUGUCUAGGACCAGAGGAAGCUGCGCUUUUGGCCCCCAAGUCUCCCGAUAUUGAGUUUGAAGGACAGGGAGACUAUGAGGAAUCCUUCUAUGAUAAAUGGAGGCAGCCAAAGGGCAAAGGUGAUGCUGGCGAGUCAGAUAUCUGAAGAGAGCAGAGACAAUAGAUCUGAAAAUGUUAGUGUUGGUAAUGUCACUAAUCAUUAAUUAAUCACUGUCACCAAUCAUUAAACAAAUGUAGGUACUUCACACUGCAGUUGUAUUUCCUCAUCUGUCGUUACAGUUUGGUUAAGUCAUUCUCACUUGCAUCCAUCUGCUCUGUAAAGAAAUUUUUUUUGUGACUAUUUUCAUGAUUUUUCUCCAAACAAGAGCCAUCAACACAAGUGUGCCUUGGUUUAAAAAUUCAAUUAGAACCAGAGAUUCAAGUCCCAGAUGAUGAGUAAUUACAGAAGGAGAAGAGUGAAUAUCACAGUAGCUUCCAUCUCUAAAUACUAUUUAGACAAAACAAUUAUAUAAAGAAACUAUGCGAACAAUAGCAGCCUUUUUAAACUACUACACAUUUUGCAUAGAUUUCUCAUAAGCGUUCUACAAGCAUGUCUACCAGCGGAUGUUAUACAAAACCUCUAAGACUAAGUCAAGUGUUAGCUACAGCCAUGCUAGCUGCCUUGUGAGGUUGUACCAUGUACAGCUGCACUUUCAGGCAAAUGCUAACAUGGAUAUAACACAGCUAGCCGCACACUGACAAUGAUAGCAUGCGCUUUGUUUACUGUGUUCACUAUAGCACUGUGUAUUCGGUCAGUCAUUAUCCUGUAUUAGCAAUGCAACUAACUUAUGUCUGGUUUGAUCCACAACAUCAUACAGUAUAAUACACUCAACGGGAUCAGAAAAAACUGCGGAACACAGUCACUGUUAUUUAUUCAGACAAGUUUAAUGUACAGUAAUGUAUUUACAUUUACAAAGUGAAUACCGGCUACCUCCUUGUAACACUAGACAACGUUGACUUCCAUACUGUGAAUGGUGCCAAAAUUUGAGUCCCACUAUGACACGUGAGCACACACAGUGGUGGUAAACACAGUGGUGGUAAACACAGUGUCGCCUGAGCUUUCAGCAGAGUUUGUCCUUGAGUAUUUGUUUCAUACAGUGUUUACUGAAAAGACUUCAAGUAUACUUAAAGGGAUGUGCUAAAAAGUUCAGUCUGUGUUUUUCUAGUAUUGAAACACCCGUUUCUAAAGUAUGUGAUUAUUUAAGUGCAGAAUGUCAUUGUUUUUUUUAUUACUGAUCAUUUCAGAGGCAGAGGCCUUGUUGUGUAGUCAACAUAUUCCUUUAAUGCUGCUGCAGGUCAACUGGCAGUGUGCUGUAACGUCAUCUCCUCUGACAGCUGUACUACUGUAGAGUCCUUUUUUGUCAUUGGUGAAACAAAGCCUCCCCGGGAAAGUCUAUGCCAGGGUAUUGGAGAGGAGAAUUCGACCGAUAGUCGAACCUCGGAUUCA